AUGGAAGCGCGGACCAGCAUACCAGGCUCAUGUAUUGCUGCAUUGCAGUGGUGCCUCUAUGUGAUUGCGGCAAUAAACAUCUUAAUGGCGCUUACCCUGGUUCUCGUAUCGAUAAACGUGAAAGGUCCGGGCGCUCACGGUGCAGCUGAUUACUUCUGUUGCUUUAUAUUCUUCGUUACCGCGGCAUUAGCUAUUGCAGCUUCGGCACAGCCGAAGACCUCGCUUGCUUGGUCAUUGAUCGCUAUUACGGUAACACGUUGCUUCACUUCAUUUGUGAAUUCUUCGAAAAAGCAAUUUCGAAAUUUUGUGCGGCCAAUCUUUCAAAGGCACUGA